GCCAAUUUUGAUUAUAUUAUUUCACCUGUUUUGGGCGUUUUUGUUAUUGAAAUAAAACUGGAAACAAAAUCGGUGUUUACUUUAUUUUGUUUUCAUUAAGUCAGAUAUUUGUGCUUGUGAAUAAUCAUCUCAACUGAAAAACAAUAUGAUUAUAUUAACUUUGUUUGUAUUUUUAUGCACAACUGUCAUAAGUGAAGUUUUUUCAGUGAUGCCUGCGGAACUUCCGAUGAUCAUUGAAGAUGGAAAUUGGCUGAUAAAAGCGAAACUUUUAUAUGAAAAGAGUUCUCUUGAGAUAAAUAUUAUCGAGUAUGUUAAAUCUGUCAAUGGAACAAUCAGAGGCAAAAUAGAUUUUAAGAUCGAUGAUGAUGAUGUUCGAUCAAUUUUUUAUACGAAUACAAAGCGAUACAACAGAUUAUUUUUUCGUGAUCAUUACUGUAAGUCAUUCGCAUAUACUGACGAUGAUUGGAGUGAUACCUUGCCAAAUUUAUAUGAUUUUGAGUUUCUCAAUCAUUUGUUACUCGUUGGACCUUCAGUUAUAUUCAGAAUAGUUGAUUACAUACAUGUCUGGAAACCAGCUAAAGAUGAAGUUAUCAGAGGUUUUAAAGAUCAUGCUGCUAAAGGACGUCUUGAUGAACAUCUCGAUGUGUGGUUUUACUUCACAGAUGAUAAUUAUGAAACUGGAAUCAAAAAACCAAAUCAAGUCAAGUUUUACGGCUAUGAUUCACGUCUCAAUAAUCCAAAUAAAAUCUAUUGGUUUGACAUUUAUAUGAACACACGAGUUGAACAAAAUUUUGAUACAAUUGUUACGCCUAAUCCAACUGCCUACUGCCAACAAUCAGCUAUUGAUUCUCUGGCUGUACCUCGUGAACCUUUUCCUAGGAUAACAGAACAUUCGAUUCAUUUCAUUUCCAAAACCAAAAGUUUCAAUGCUGGCCCAUCAAAGAGAGAAGAAGUUUAUGCUGAUGAAAAGUAUCAAAUCCUAAACAUUAAAAGUUCAACUGAUGGAAAUAAUAAGAUUUUUACAACUGAAACCAUUUAUGAUUAUCAAUUAGGAAUUGAAUAUGAAUUGACAGAAGACGGAAAUUGUUCAGUUUCUCCAAUGAAACUAUCAGCACCGGGUUUAGUUCAGGAUUCAUCAUUGGGUUAUGACGUCUUUAAACUUGAUUUGAAUCGAUUACUCAACUUUGAUUUGAAUUAUCGCUAUUUUGGGCCAGCACUUUUUGAUGAACGGAAUGGAAUCGGAACACAUGCUUGGCAAAUAAGUGAAGAGCAGGCAAAAGUCGAGGAAAAGACAUAUCCACGUGUCGUUACUACUCAGUAUUUCAACAAGUUGACUGAUAUUACUUCUGGCUACACUCUUAUCGGCACCAAAAUCAAUGCCUAUGACACCGCGGUUCAAUUAAAUGCUUCACGGACGACCGAAUACUUCUUUUAUGGACAUGAGAUAAGCGCAUCAGAAGCAACAAGAAAGUUUAAUGUUCAAAACUGCUAUCCUGAUCCUGAAUCGAAGACUAUUUCAAUGUAUUUCACCUGUAAAGAUAUUUCUUGCGAUUACUUUGAUCAAUAUUAUUACCAAUUUCAAGACAAAGUUAAAGAAUCACUAGUCAACUCUGGAACAGUUGCUGCUUCAAGAAUCGCAAACAUUGAACCAAUAUUUAAUUCCAAUGAAAUUAUUAUUUACAUAACGAUUUUGGACUUUCCAAGAAUAAAAGAUGCAUUCGAGAUUCGAAAUAUGAAAUUAAAUGAAAAGGCUUUAACAAAGGCGUCAAAAGUCCUAAUUGAUGGGGAUGAAGAAGAUUGUUUGAUGAAAAAUUCUGAUAGAUAUGAACCUUUCGAAGCAAUUGCAUUCUGUAAGACUUUGGAUGGAUACUUGUGCCAGAGAAUCGAUGGUAAAAACGUAAAGCUUGUGGAAGAUCAAUAUCAUGGAGUUGCUUGUUCAGUUUUCAUGACUCCAUUGAAGAACUUAUUUCGCUAUAGCCAAGAAAUACCUUUGGAAAACCUCCAUGAGAGACUCAAUCACAUUAGUAUUUCAUUCAUUUCGCCUGAGAACAACAAGAUGUUUACCUUUACUCCAUAUCAUGUGACUGAUGCAGCAACUGUCAAUGACAAUGAACACGAUUCGUUAUUUGAUUCAAUCUACAGAAAUAUGAAGUUGGUUGAAGACAAAAUGAAGACGAUAUCAGUUACUGGCGCUACUGAUUCGAGUUCUUGUUACCGAAAAUGUGCCAAUUCAAAUGACAAUAAUUGUAAUUCAUUCUCGUUUUGUGUUUACAAUGAUAGAGUUGAAUGUCUUGUGUCUACCAAUGAAAAUAUUUCGCCUCAAACAAUAUCAUCUGAUACAUCGUGCAUUACCUACUUAAUUGACAAUCUACAAAAGUUCAAGAAAAUUCCGUCCAAAAGAUUUACUGAUAAUCAAAAUUCAGUAUCAUUCGAUAGUUCUCUUGGAAAAUGUGCUUCUUUUUGUUACAAUUCUGAUUCAUGUAAAUCAUUCCAAUUCUGUUCUGGCUCAUGCAGUAUGGCAGGUCAUUACACGGAUGCAGCAAGUGAUUACAGUGAAGACUGUGAUAUUUAUAUUCCAAAAGUAUUGGAUAGGUUUGAAGUAACUGGGACAUUAGUUGUCCAGGACUUUUUUCUCACUGAAAUGAACCUCAAUGCCGAUCAAUGUGCUGCUCUUUGCCAUGAUUGGAACGAUAAAGAAGUCACUUGUCACUCUUUCAAUUAUUGCCCAGCACAUGCUAAAAGGUUGAGUACUUGUCAACUAUCUAAGUAUUAUCCAAGUCAUGAUGCUGAUGUGAAACUUGUUCAUUCGGAUUCUUGUCAAAAUUACGAAAGGAGUAAGCAAAGAUUGAUUGACCAACAAAAAAACAACGCAAUCACUAAAAGUACGCAUUUCGGUACAAUUUUUGGUUCAAUCGUGUUAUUCGCGGCAGCUGGACUCAUUAUUGGUGUUGUUGUUGCUUUUGUCAUCACUAAAUUUUUUUCUGGCAAGAAAAAUGAUUCAUCUGAGUUUUACAAUCGUCACAUAUUCAGUUGGGAUAAACAGUUAAAUGAAGAUUAAUUGUAAAUGCUAAUUAUGUUUUAAUAAGUGAAUAAAAAUGAACAAUAUGAA